AUGCCACACCACAAACCUCGCUCUGUAAUUAUUGAUGUUGGCUCAUUGCACACAAAAGCAGGCUUUGAUGGAGAGUCAACUCCUCGAGUAAUUGCAACACUACUUGCCAAACAAAAGAUUACACAUUCCAGUACUAGAAAUGUUCUAAUGCAUUUACAGAAUCCACUUGUUUCACCCAAGAAGGAAUACAUGAUUGGAAAGGAAAUUAAGAAUCAAAGUGCAAUGAAUAUGGCUCUUUUUCAUCCAGUGGAAAGAGGAAAAUUCAAAGAUUUGAAACAAUUGGAGAAAUUGUGGGAUUACAUGUAUGAAACUGAAUUGAAAGUUUCAACUAGUGAUUGUAAUUUGUUAAUUGCUGAUAAUAUUUUCAAUCCUGAAGAGAAUAGACAGAGAGAGCAUUGUGCUCAAAUAUUAUUCGAAUCUCUAAAAGUGCCCAGUCUCUUUUUCGAGCAUCAAUCUGUUCUGUCAAUGUUUGGGGCAGGAAAAUUGACAGGCGUUUUAAUUGAUUCAGGAUAUGGAAUCACCCAUACUAUUCCAUUCUUUGAAGGAAUUCCUUUAAGAGAUGCAAUUGAAGUUUCUAAUUUUGGAAGUCAAGAUUUGGAUCAAUUUUUAAUGAAUUGUUUAAUUAAUCUUUCGGAUAAUUUGAAAAUUAAUCAAAUUAAACAAUGCAUAAAAAAUAUUAAGGAAGAAUUAUGUUUCAUUAAGGCAGAUCCACUUGCUCACAGUGAUUGUAAACCUUAUGAACUGCCAGAUGGAACAAUGGUAGCUCUGAGAAAUGAACUAUUCGAAGGCGGUGAACUAUUCUUCAAACAUCAAUUAGCAGAUAAGAGUUUCCAUGGUAUUCAUCAAAUGGCACAUCGAUCCAUUCUCAAAUGUGAACCAGAAAUUAGAAAAGAUCUCUAUUCUAAUGUUGUACUAACAGGUGGAAAUUGUAAAUUAUUUGGAAUAGAACAUCGAUUAAAGAGAGAAAUGAAAUCACUCACAGGAAAACAAAUUAAAAUUCACUCGACUCAUUACCAUGAUAAGGAAUGUUUGAGUUUUAUUGGUGGUUCAAUAAUAACUUCAAUAUCGACGAUGGAUGAGGCAUGGAUAACAAAGAAGGAAUGGGAUGAAAUUGGACCUGAUGCAUUCAUAAGAAAGGGAACAAUUAUUAUUGAUUAA